AUCAUCACGCAUAACAUCUCUCUCGGCGCGCGGAGCAACAGCACAGAGAGCAGCAGCAGCAGCUCAGCCUCGGCUCCCGUCCGGCGUCACACCGGCGGCGACAGCCGGUGGGAUGCCAUUCAGCUGGCCACGUCCCGGGACGUGCCCCUGAACCUGGGCCACUUCCGGCUGCUGAAGCGGCUGGGCUACGGCGACAUCGGCAGCGUCUACCUCGUGGAGCUCCGCGGCACGUUGGCCUUCUUCGCGAUGAAGGUGAUGGACAAGGCGUCGAUCAUCAGCCGGAACAAGAUGGCCCGGGCGCAGACGGAGCGCGAGAUCCUCGGCCUCCUCGACCACCCCUUCCUUCCCACGCUAUACACGCACUUCGAGACCGACAAGUUCUACUGCCUCGUCAUGGAGUACUGCAGUGGCGGCAAUCUCCACUCCCUCCGCCAGAAGCAGCCCGGCAAGCAUUUCACUGAGACCGCCGCAAGGUUCUACGCUGCCGAGGUGUUGCUUGCGCUGGAGUACUUGCACAUGCUAGGGAUCGUGUACAGGGACUUGAAGCCGGAGAACGUGCUCGUCAGGGAAGACGGCCACAUCAUGCUGUCGGACUUCGACCUGUCGCUGCGGUGCACCGUGUUCCCGACGCUGGUCAAGUCGUCGUCGGUGCACACGACCGGGAGUGGCGCAGGCGGUACCAGUAGAGGAGUGGACGUCACGAACGGCGACGUCGUGACCGCCAACCAGGGAUGCAUCCAGCCGUCGUCCUUUUUCCCGCGCAUCCUGCCGCGGCGCAGCCGGAAGCCGUCCAAGAGCGACAUGGGGCUCAGCGGCCUGCCGGCUGUGGAGUUCAAUGCGGAACCGACGGACGCGAGGUCCAUGUCGUUCGUGGGCACGCACGAGUACCUGGCGCCGGAGAUCAUCCGCGGCGAGGGCCACGGCAGCGCGGUGGACUGGUGGACGCUGGGCAUCUUCCUCUACGAGCUGCUGCACGGCUCCACGCCGUUCAAGGGCGCCGGCAACCGCGCCACGCUCUGCAAUGUCAUCGAGCAGCCGCUGCGGUUCCCCUCGGACGGCGGCGGCCCGACGGCGGCCAGCGCCGUCGCGCGGGACCUCAUUCGCGGCUUGCUCGUGAAGGAGCCCCAGAAGCGGAUCGCCUUCACCAGGGGCGCCACGGAGAUUAAGCAGCACCCAUUCUUCGAGGGCGUGAACUGGGCGCUGGUCAGGAGCAUGACCCCUCCGUCGGUGCCGGAGCCGGUGGACUUCCGACAGUACGGAACCGCGAAGGAGAAUAAGGCGCCGGAGAACAACACGGCAGCCGUGGAGGCGUCGUCGGUUGGUCCCGCCGCAAAGUCGAACUCCGGCGAGUCUUAUACAGAUAUUGAGUACUUCUAG